AUGUCCUCUGCGACGGACGCUAUGCAGCACGACUCGCGCCGGCGCGACGUCAAUCCCUACGACGUUGACGAGAACGACGAGGCGUACGACGCAUACAACGUCAACGACAUUCCCGGACGGGCUGGGCCAAGCACCUAUGCGUCACAAAUGGCCCACCCCCUGCAGCAGCAAGAGUACUCUGCGUAUGGGAGCGGCUACCCCUCGUCCACGUCCAACACACUUCCCUACGACAGCCAUCGUUAUGACCACUACGACGACACCGAGGACGGCCAGCCGUUUGACAUCAACGAGAUUGACCCAGCACUGCGGCUGCGCACCACGCGAACAGCACACUCUGUCAUUGCCGAAUCGAUUCGCAGCGAAAGCGUGCGCCGCAAACGUUCAAGGAUCUUUGCUGGCCUCAAGCGACGUGGGACCAAAGAGGGAGGGAGUACCUUUGGCAAGGGCUUUCGCAAGAACAGGCGAGACACCGCUGCGUCUGAUGGCCUGGCGACCAUUGCGGGCAGUGAGGCUGGCGACACCUCGCCAGCGCUACGCCCCGUGUCCAUCCCGACAGCACCCCCACCACCACCGUCUUCAUCACCCUCCACCGUCGAGGAGCCCACAAAGGGCGCCAAGGUGCUGCCCCGCCGCACCAUCUAUGUCAACCUCGCCCUGCCAAUGAACUUGAUCGACAAGGCCGGCGAGCCAAUAGUCCGCUACGUCCGCAACAAGGUGCGCACGUCAAAGUACACGAUCAUCACCUUUCUGCCCCGCAACCUCUUUGAGCAGUUCCACCGUGUGGCCAACAUUUACUUUCUCGGUCUGGUCAUCCUCCAGCUGUUCACCAUCUUUGGCGCCACCACACCGCAGAUCGCCAUGCUGCCCCUCGUUGCCAUCUUGGGCAUGACGGCCAUCAAGGACGCCGUGGAGGACUGGCGCCGAGCCACCCUCGACGAAGAGGUCAACACUAGCGCAGCGACCAAGCUCGGUAACUGGAGGAACGUCAACCAGCCCACCGACCCGCGCAACUGGUUUGAGCGCGUGUUCCAUCUGGGACCAGACCCGACCAAGCCGUCCCGCGGUGUGCGCAAGCUUCGCGAGGCAGAGGCCAAGGCCGGUAAGCAGAUUGUCUUUGAGCGUCACGCCAAAGAGGCCGAAGCCGACGUCCAAGGUGGCCCUGGCCCAGCAGACACACUGUCACCGCCAGGCGAAGUGUACCCGCUCAAGGAAAUCCCUUCGUCGGAAUAUGUCCCUGGUGUGGAAAGCACGUACCGGCCCCGUGCAAUCUCGGUGACGUCGACCGAUGCGCCCAGCACCAUGUCGCGCCGCUCGGCAGGCGUAGUCGACUAUAGCCGACCGGCACCGGGCACGGCGCAGUGGGAACGUACGCUGUGGAAGAAGCUCGAGGUCGGCGACUUUGUGCUGUUGCGCAGUGACGAACAGGUGCCUGCCGACAUUGUCGUGCUGGCGACGUCGGACGCCGACGCGCUCUGCUUUGUCGAGACCAAGAACCUCGACGGCGAGACAAACCUCAAGGUCCGUAAAUCCCUCAAGGCCACGUCGGGCAUCAGGUCCGAAGAGGACCUGGAGCACGCACAUUUCACCCUCGACUCGGAACCGCCACACGCCAACUUGUACACUUACAACGGUGUGCUGCAGUACCGCCCGGCGGGCGAGGGACUGGAGCAAGGCGACGUCCAGGUCGAGCCCAUUUCCAUCAACGAGCUUCUCCUCCGUGGCUGUACGGUGCGCAACACCAAGUGGGUCAUUGGUAUCGUCGUGUUCACUGGCGCCGACACCAAAAUCAUGCUCAACGGCGGCGACACGCCCAGCAAGCGGUCCAAGAUUGAGCGCGAGACAAACUUCAACGUCAUCAUGAAUUUUAUCAUCCUCAUCGUCCUCUGUCUCAUCUCGGCCCUCCUUCACGGCUACUACCGCUCCAAGACGGACACGUCGUACAGCUUUUACGAAGUCGGUUCCGAGGCCAGCGACAACAUUUACCUCGACUCGCUCAUCAUCUUUGUCUCGUCGCUCAUCGUGUUCCAAAACAUUGUGCCCAUCUCGCUCUACAUUACCAUUGAGAUUGUCAAGACGAUCCAGGCAUACUUUAUCAACCAGGACAUUGAAAUGUACUAUGGGCCCUACAACACUUCCUGCGUCCCCAAGACGUGGAACAUUUCCGACGACCUCGGCCAGAUCGAAUACAAGUGUUCCAUCAUGGGCACGGCGUUUGGAGAAGGCCUGACCGAGGCCAUGCUCGGCGCUGCAAAGCGCGAGGGCAAGGACCUCGGCACGAUGGAAGACCAGGCUGAAGACAUGGCCGAGCUGAAAAUCUCCAUGCUGUCCACCAUGAAGGGCGCGUUCAAGAACCGCUACCUGCGCGACGACAAGCUCACGCUCAUCUCGCCCGACCUUGUCCAGCGCAUGUCCAACGUCGACGACCCGAUCCGCCCCCACAUGAUUGCCUUUUUCCGCGCCCUCGCCGUCUGCCACUCUGUGCUCUCUGACAAGCCCGAGCCAGAGGACAAGCCAUAUGUCCUCGACUACAAGGCCGAGAGUCCCGACGAGGAGGCGCUUGUCGGCGCUGCUCGCGACGUUGGCUUCCCGUUCGUGUCGCGCAACUCGAGCCGCAUCGACAUUGAGGUGCUCGGCAAGCCCGAGCGUUGGGUCCCGCUCCGUGUCCUCGAGUUCAACUCCACCCGCAAGCGCAUGAGUGUGAUCGUCCGGUCGCCCGAGGGCAAGAUUAUUCUCUACUGCAAGGGUGCCGACAGUGUCAUCUACGAGCGCCUGUCCGCCGACCACGACGAGGCUCUCAAGGCGGCCACCCUCAAGGACUUGGAAAACUUUGCCAACGGCGGCCUGCGUACGCUCUGCAUCGCCUACCGCGAGAUGAGCGAGGACGAGUUCACCGAAUGGUCCAGGACGUACGACGCCGCCAGUGCCGCCACGACCGACCGCGAUGCCGAGAUUGACAAGGCGGCCGAGCUCGUCGAGCACGACCUGACCAUUCUCGGCGCCACGGCCCUGGAGGACAAGCUGCAGGAAGGCGUGCCCGACGCCAUCGCCAUGCUCCACAAGGCCGGCAUCAAGCUGUGGAUCCUCACGGGCGACAAGGUCCAGACGGCUAUCGAAAUCGGAUACUCGUGCAACCUCCUCACCAACGACAUGGAGGUCAUGAUCCUGUCGGCCGACUCGCCCGAUGCCGCACGCGCACAGAUCGAGGCGGGACUGAACAAGAUUGCCUCGGUCCGUGGAUCCGGCGCCGCCCGCCAGGACGGGAAAGUCGUCGCCGACCUGCCUGGUGCCGAUACCGAGUUUGCCGUGGUCAUUGACGGCGAGACGCUGCGGUACGCCCUGGGGACGGACAUCAAGCCCCUGUUCCUCGCGCUCGGCACGCAGUGUUCAGCCGUCAUCUGCUGCCGUGUCUCGCCGGCCCAAAAGGCCCAGGUGGUCAAGCUCGUCAAAGACGGCUGCAACGCCAUGACCCUCAGUAUCGGCGAUGGCGCCAACGACGUCGCCAUGAUCCAAGAGGCCAACAUUGGUGUCGGCCUGUUCGGUCUCGAGGGCUCGCAGGCGGCCAUGAGUGCCGAUUACGCGUUUGGCCAGUUCCGCUUCCUCACACGUCUGCUCCUCGUCCACGGCCGCUGGUCCUAUGUCCGCAUCGCCGACAUGCACGCAGUGUUCUUCUACAAAAACGUCAUUUGGACUCUGGCCAUGUUCUGGUUCCUCCUCUUUUGCGAGUUUGACGCCACGUACCUGUUCGAGUACACCUUUGUCAUGCUCUACAACCUCAUCUUCACCUCGCUCCCCGUCGGUAUCCUCGGCGCGUUUGACCAGGACACCAACGCCGCAGCAUCCAUGGCCUUCCCGCAGCUGUACAAGCGCGGUAUCCAGGGACUCGAGUACACGCGUGCUCGCUUCUGGCUCUACAUGCUCGAUGGACUGUACCAGUCGGCCGUCAUCUUCUUCAUUCCCAUGCUCAUCUACUGGGACGGCACGACGUGGUCGUCCACGGGCCGCGACAACCAACGACCUGUACGACCUGUCGACAUCGCCGUCCUCGUCUGGAUCAUUGUCUACUCGUACUUGGCUGCCGUCAGCUAUUCGGAAGUGGUCGCGAUCAUCUUCCCGACGUUCAACUUUUGGUUUGGCGUCGUGUUUACAGUCUUUGUGGCUGUCGGCCCACACUGGAUGCUGCGCGCCUUCCACCAGUCGUACCUGUACACCGACAAGGACAUUAUCCGCGAGGCCUGGAUCGGCGGCGACCUCAAGGACCAGCUGGGUAUCCAGCACCGCAAGCGUCGUCGCCGCCAGCAGCACGUCGACAGCGAGGCCGGCUCGUACCCGCACUAUGUCAAGCGACAGGACAUGGUCAUCUCAGCCCCACAGGAAAUCAACCCGUGGGGUGCAGGAGGGUACAUGCCCAGCCCUCACGAUGCGUCGCACCGCGCCGCCGUCGCGCCGCUCCUGGACGACGAGCGCGCUCCCAACAUUGUCUCCCCAAGCCCCAAGUCCCCCUCCACUCCUACCAACCCUUACUCUUCCGCUUCCAUGCUUCCGCAAACCAGGAGCCCCCCGCCGACGUUCACCGUCGACCCCCCCACGCAAGACAUGGCGGCCGACGCGGCGCCACUCUACCACGACCCCCACGAUGUGUAUACCUCCUCCAAUACCCAUACCCAGCAAUACCAACAACCUCAGAACCAGGCAUGGGGAUACCAACAACAGCAUAACCCGUACACCCACGCCCAGGACGCCUUUGUCCAGCAGGACCCCUUUGCCCAGCACCACAGCCACCAGGGCCAGACACCACAGGUGGGCCAGAUCUUCCAGGGCGGCUCGGGCCACUCGACGCCCGCGUACGCGUCGGCGUCGCCUGUCGCCUCGGCUCCCGGAUCGCCCGCGGCGUUCGCCACAGCACCGGCGUCGGCUUACGGCACGCCCUCGUCCGCGACCCAGCACGACGGGUUCACGAUGGUGAGCCCCGCGCAGGUGCCCUCGCCCUCGCCCUCGCCGAGCCAGAGUCCCGGCCCCGACGGGUGGACUGCCGUCGAGCUCCAGCACGGCAUGGGCAAGCCCACGGGCACGCCGUAUACUGGCUAUGCGGUGUAA